CCCCAACCCCGGACCUUCUCUGGUCUCCAUCCUUAUCUCAAGCCUGCUGUGGACAUCGUCUCAUCUCUACUGCUAACAAUUCACCUCCCCCGCCCCCGCCCCCCUCGCCCACCACAGGCAAGAUCCAUGGAGAACUCACCAAGGUUUUAAGAUGAUCCCAAUACGCAUCAACUGUGGCGGACAGUGGCUCAGAGGAGAAGGUCGGUGAGAGUCGGUCAUCUUGUGCGGAGCUAACAUCGUCACCCGAUGGGAGUGGCGAGCAGGAGGCCGAGGGUGAUGUCCAACCUCAAGCCCCCAGAGAAGAUGGAGACGGUGAUAUGGAGGAGGUUCUGCCGGAGGAGAGGGGAGCGCCGAUGUUGCCGUGCCAGCCCAGUGGGGAUGACCUGUCCUCGGUCAACUCCAUGAUGUCGGCGGUGAUGGGUGUGGGGAGCCUGAGUGGGGAGGUGACAGGUGACAAGACCGCCAGCGACAGGAGCCCCCUCAAGGUCACCCCCUCCGCUCGCAAACCCAAACAGGAAACCAAAGAGGAGAUGUCUUCCUUCAUCUGUCCCUUGUGUGGAAAGGACUGUGGCACCCAGCACCUGCUCACCAUGCACAUCCGACAGCACAACAUGGACAGCGGCGGCAACAGCCAUUCGUGCAGCAUCUGCGGCAAGUCCCUGAGCUCGGCCAGCUCGCUGGACCGACACAUGCUGGUCCACUCCGGCGAGAGGCCCUACACCUGCUCCGUCUGCCAACAAGCCUUCACCACCAACGGCAACAUGCACAGACACAUGAAGAUCCAUGAGAAGGAGCCGUCCGUGACUGGAGCCGCCAGCCCGCCCUCCCCCAGUAAGAGGCGCAGACUGUCGGCCAAGAGGAAGCUGAGCCAGGAGGAAGGAGAGCCGGGGAAAGAGGAGUCACCCAGCAAAAAGGCCCAGGUUACGCGAGAGAGUGCCUCUGAAGCGGAGGAGGAGAGGAAGAGUGAAGAGGUCCUACAUUGUCCUGUGUGUCUGAAGACCUUCAUCUGCAAGUAUGGACUGGAGUCGCAUAUGGAGACCCAUCCGGACUCCAGCCUGAGGUGUGGUUUGUGUUGCAUCUGCUUCAAGAGCCAGCGAGGCUUGCUGCGGCACAAUGCUCUGGUCCACAGGCAGCUCCCCACUGACCCCAGUGGCCGCCCCUUCAUCCAGAACAACCUCACCAUCCCCGGCGGCUUCCACGACCUCGCCUUCAUCGACUUCUCCUGCCACAAGUUCCCCCUCAUCUCUCAGGUGUGGUCGGAGGUGAACCUACGCCGCUGCACCAGCCAGGUCCACCGCUUUGUGUGCGAGACGUGUAACAAGGCGUUCCCCAUGUCGGACGCGCUGGUCCUGCACAUGCACACGCACCGCGCUGCCGCCACCACCGCCGGGGACGAGCCCGCCCGAUGGCCGGAUUCCGAGCAGGCCUCCUUCAUGGCGGCGCUGGGGCUGCAGCGUGCCGGCGCGGCACGGCCGGUGAUGCGGACGGACACGGAUCUGGGCCACGUGUGGGUGGACAGUCCCCACUGGAAGCUCCACCAGGACUCCACCGCCAGGGAGCAGCCCGGUCUCAACAGCGCCCCGCUCUCCACACUCGCCCCUCCCCGGGGCAGGGACGCCAUGAAGGUCCUCUCGUUGGCAGCCCUGCCCAAAGGCUUCACCAUCCAACCAGACAGCAGCACGAAGGCGGUGAGGCCCGUGUCGGCCGACACCAUUGAGCUGGCCGACAUCCAGCAGAUCCUGCAGAUGGCCUCCUCCGCCCCCUCCCACAUCAGCCUGCCCCCCCUCUCCAAAGCCCCCUCCAUCCCCACCCAGUCCAUGUACCGCCAAAUGCCCCCCCUCAAGCCCAAGCCCCCGCCCUGCACCAUGGUGGUAGACGCCAUGCCCACCUCCCUGAUGAGCGCCCACCUGGCCUCGCCAGGCUGCCGGCCCUCCCUCCCCCUGCCCCACCCUCCCCCCCUGCGGCUGGUCAAGCUCUCGGCCGACUCGUCCCUGCGGCCCCAGGACCUCAAGCUGCGCCCGGCCAACGGCUCGCAGGCCUUUAUCCAGCCCAAGGCCGAGCCGCUGAGCCCGGUCGAGAUGAAGGCCCAGCAGGCGGAAGCCCGGAUGCCCAACGAGGUCAACGGGGCGGUCAAGCGGGAGCGGUUGGAGGGGGACUUCAAGGCCAUGGGCAUGGCGGUGGGCGGCAAGAAGGGGACGGCCUUGAAGAAAGUCCUGUACCCGUGCCGCUUCUGCGACCAGGUCUUUGCCUUCUCGGGGGUGCUGAAGGCCCACGUGCGCUCCCACCUGGGCAUCUCGCCCUACCAGUGCAACAUCUGCACGUACAUCGCGGCGGACAAGGCGGCCCUGAUCCGCCACCUGCGCACCCACAGCGGCGAGCGUCCCUUCAUCUGCAAGAUCUGCCACUACCCCUUCACCGUCAAGGCCAACUGCGAGCGGCACCUGCGCAAGAAGCACCUGAAGCUGAGCCGCAAGGAGAUCGAGAAGCACAUCGAGUACGCCGAGUGCCGGCCCAGCGCCCUGUCCGAGUCCUUCCGCUCGCCCGACACGGUGUGCAAGUACUGCGGGCAGGACCUCAAGUACUACCGGGCCCUGCGCCACCACCUGCGCACCCACAGCGGCUCCAAGCGCAAGCCCUUCGAGUGCCGCGAGUGCAGCGUGGGCUUCUCCACCAAGAACAACUGCGUGCGCCACCUGCUGCGGCAGCACACCCACGUGGAGGAGAAGGAGAUCGAGAACCAUGUGCGCUCCAUCGACUGCUUCCUGGGCGGCCUCCGCAACGGGGCCGACAACCCCUCCCCCGGCCUGGGCCCAGCCCCCCUCUCUCUACACGCAGCCCACAACGGCUACCACCGCGGCCCCACCAUCAAGCUGGAGCAGCCGGCCCACUUCUCCGAGGAGCCCCUGGACUUCUCCCGGAAGAUGCGGCCGUCGGACAGGUCCGCCCCCCCGCCCUACGAGGUCGGCGCCGAGCCCAUCGACCUCUCUGUGCCCAAGGGCAAGGGUCAGGCCAGGGGUCAGGAGGUCAGACAGCCCGCCGGGGGGAAUCCCGUGCUGGGCGGAGCCCCGUUGUUGGGCUUCCCCCUUCUCCCGGCCCCCGGCUCCCUCCUCCGGCCCCUCAAGCCCAAGCCCGCCCCUCCCCCCCUCCUGCCCAAGCCCCCUGUCCCCCUCAAAGAGCUGCCCCCACUGGCCUCCAUCGCCCAGAUCAUCUCCUCCGUCUCCACCGACCCCCCCGCCCUGCUGAUGAGGGAACGAGGGGGGGGAGCGGUGGGGCAGGGGGAGUGCGGACCCCGACCCAUCUCCCCCCCCCCGCCCCCCGUCCGGGGGAGGCAAGAGACGGCCCGCCCCGACCCCCCCCCCCUCCCCCUCUCUCUCACCCUCCCACCGCCUCUCCCUCUCCCCCACCCCCUCCCCGACCCGUCAGCUGGGCCGGUCCCCGAGAAGGCAGCGGCCCCCUUUCCCCUGUCCCUCCACCCCGCCGCGCGCAGCUCCCUGUUCGGGGCGCUGAGCGCGGCCAAGAGAAGGGUCAGGAGGAGGGGCAUCCGCUUCAAGAAGGUGCGCGGGGCGCUGACGGGGGCUGGGACGGGCCCGGUGCCCGGAGCGGAGGGAGAGUCCGGCUCGGAGUUCGCCAGCGUGGAGCGGAUGCUGGUCACCACCGACGCCAACCACUUCAGCCUCUACCUCCAGUCGGCCGAGACCAAGGGCGACCUGUCCCACCUCGAGCGGGACAAGCGGGCCGUGAAACUCAUCAAGGCCAAGAAAAACUCCUACUCCAACUCGGUCCAGAAGAUCACCUGCCCCUACUGCCCACGCCUCUUCCCCUGGGCCAGCUCGCUGCAGCGACACAUGCUCACACACACAGGUCAGAAGCCAUACCCCUGCCCCACAUGUGAGGCCUACUUUUCCACUAAGUCUAACUGUGAGCGUCACCUCUUGCGCAAACACGGUGUGGCGAACCGUUCUUUCCGGAGGAGUGUGCUGCUGCCCCGCUCCAAGCUGCCCGGCACCAAGCCCCUGGACUCCACAGGAGCCGACCCUGGACUUGAUGAACAGGAAGAUCCAGCCUCGACCCCGUCCGCCCCUCCCUGCGGCCCCCCCGGGUCUCUGGGGGAGGGGGUUGAGGGGGGGUGCGUGGGGCGUGAGCGUGAGGAGGGGGAUGAGGAGGAGGAGGAGGUGCAGAGCAACAAGAGCCUGGAUCUGGACCUGGCCAACAAGAUGCUGGACUUCAAGCUGGAGCCGGGCCCCGGGGCCCAGCCAGAGCCCAGGAGCACCUGCCCCACGUGCGGCAAGAGCUUCAAGUACGCCGCCACGCUGGCCCGCCACAGCAAGGCCCACGCCGGAGACCGGCGGCGCGAGCUGCGGCUGGCCGGCAAGCGGUGCCCGCGCCGAGGAGCCGAGCAGGAGCCCGCCAACCCCCAACGCGGCCCCUGCGCCGCCCAGCGCGGGGCCAACGCCAACGGCCAGCGCGGGGCCAACGCACAGCGACGGGGCCCCUCCGACCCCCAACGCGUGGGCCCCGCCGACCCACAACAAGGGCCGGAGCUGGGGGGCCCGGAGGAGGAAGGGGGGCCGGAGGAGGAAGUGGGGGGGCCGGAGGAGGAGGAGGAGCAGCGGCGGCGGGCCGAGGUCCCUGAGGAGAGGAGGAAGCUCCCGGCCGCGGGGCCCGGCGCAUCGAAGGCCGACAAGAGGAAGAAGGUUUGCAGCGUCUGCAACAAGAGGUUCUGGUCUCUGCAGGACUUGACACGGCACAUGCGGUCACACACAGGUGAGAGGCCGUACAAGUGCGUGACCUGCGAGCGCACCUUCACGCUGAAGCACAGCCUGGUCCGCCACCAGCGGAUCCACCAGAAGGAGAACACGGCGUCGCGCAAGGCAGCCGCCGCCGCCGCCACCACCCCCGCCACCGCCACCGCCGGCACCACCGACGACGAGGAGCCGUGGAGGAGCGACAGCGACGGCUCGGGCGAGGAGGAGAGCGAGGGGCCGAGCGGCCGCACGCCCUCCCCCUGCUCACCCCCGGCGCUGGACGGGGUGGAGGGGCCCGAGGUGGAGGAAGCGGGAGAGGAGAAGAAACCUCUGACUAUCUCAACGCCGGUUACGGUGUAACCCGCACUCUCCUUCACGGGAUAUCCCGGCACAGUGCUGUCCCCUCCUGUCCCCUACACCCCCCUUCCCUCCCUCUGCCCCCCACCCCCCCUCUACACUGGGGGGGGGGGGGGGGGGGGGGGGGAGAGAGAGAGUUCAAAGCUGGAGAACGCAGAAGGAAAAUCCAGUGAGCUUCACACAGACUGAAAUAUUUGUACCUUUAAAGUGCCUUACUACAUAAUGACCAUGCACGCCAGGUGAACGGACCCACCCUGGCGCAGACCGCGCGCGGGCUUACGAGCAACAACUCUGUGGAGUAUUUAAAACUUCCUGUACAAUAGAAACAUUUUUAAAAAGAGAGACGCGACUUGUUCGAGGGGCAUCGGCCGCUCCCGCCGUCAAAAUAACUACAGAUGGACAUCGAUCUACAGGCAGCAACUACUGAACCGUCUUCCGUCAACGACUUUGCCGCCAACACUGACAAUCUUUCGGGGGGGGGGGGGGGGGACAACUACUUUUUUGGGGGGUUGUAGAAUGAAUUUUGGGCACAAAGUCGCCAUCUCAGCGAUUCCCUGCGGUUUUGGGGAAAGCCAGUCGGCGUCUGGUCCUGGUCUGGUCAGCUCUGGUCUGGACCUGG